GGGUUGUUCUCAUGACAAAUUUGCGCGUAAGCAAGGUGUGCAAUCUUCGGAAGUCAUAUUAGCUUCAAAUGGUUCGUAGAUGGCGUGGUACUUUGACGCAACCAUUUGCUGUCAAGCUUUUUAGAGGCAUAUGGAACGCUCAUCCACGAUUUGCUACCAGGACUGUAAUGGUGAAGAAUAACGAUGUAGAUUCAGCAUUCAGUCUCUUGAAUAGGCUGCUUGAUUCGGAAGGGUUGCUGAAAAUCGUCCGGCGAACUCAAUUUUAUCAGAAGCCAUAUAUGCAGCGUAAACAGCUAUCUAUAGAAGCUUCUACUGCGAUAUUUAACGAGGACAUGAAUCGAAAGAUGCACUUCUUGAUGAGAAAGAAUCGACCUGAUGCAUAUCCUGGCCAGAUAACCUCAUAGCGGAGAAUCUAGCUGACGACCAUUGAUGGAUGUGUAAAAUCCAUUUCUGGCAUUCGUGUU